AAUGUCAACGAUCUUUCCGCGAGACACAAAUUAUCUGAAAUUAAUAUUUUCGUAUCAAUGGUCAAUGACGUCGGACGAUGAGCUGAUGAAACAUGCUGGUCAGUCCCGUAAAAGAACCCAUCCAUUCGAAAGAAAUGCGAGACCACAACCAGAAAAUAUGCACAGCACUUUGGAGGCUUCAGAUUUGGUGAGUCUAUUCCAUGAACUUGCCUUAUUUGAUGAACAGAACGAGAAAAUAAACGGAAAAGAUAUAAUUCGCCAGGAGUGUAUUGAUCGAAUCGAAAAGUUAUACAAGCCAGCGCUAAUGGAAGGGAACGCACAUCAAGUGUGUAUGAAUAAACGAUGGAAUAAUAUUGAUGUAUCGAAAAAUACACGACAUGUCGAUGACUAUAAGUGCAGAACAAACGAAAACUUUGAAAAGGACCAAUGGCCGAGCAACGAGAACUUAUUGAUUGAGAAUGAUGCUGACACACAUUUUCGUGAAGCGGUGCUAAAACACUGCUCCGACGAAUUACUGCUUCCUUUCAGUGACUUUGAAGACAUUGUUAUGGGUCUAGCAGUCAGUUGUUUCGGAGAAGCAUUUUCAUUUAAUGAAAGUUUAUGCAAAAGUUUGUGUGAAUACAUAAAUGAAAUGUCGAAGAAACCGGUUGGAAAUGUCCAAUUUGAUGAAGGCAGUGAAUAUGACUCCGACAGUUGUACGGGCAUCUUUAACACUCAGAAGAGAAAACGUCGAAAGAUAAUGUCGGCAUGUCUAUCAUUUGAAUAAGAAGAAACUACAUUGCAAAUGCGACUUUACCAAAUUGUCAGUUUAAAUU